AUGACACCCUACCAGCAUCCCUCCUGUCAAGCGUACACUUUUUCAGGACGGUUUUUGUCUCAAAUAGGUGGCAGUUUGGAUCAGAUGGGCAGUGCUGUGCUCAGGCAGAGUAUUGAGAGCAGUGUUAAGAGCAGAGGUCUGGAUGUCUUGGCCAAAUCUCUGGACACCACACCUGAGACUCUUCAGCUCAUUGUGGAUGGACUCACUCAGCCACCUGGCUUUGACAUUCGUCAGGAGCUUAUGGGCUGUGCCAAGUUUUUGUCUCAAAUAGGUGGCAGUUUGGAUCAGAUGGGCAGUGCUGUGCUCAGGCAGAGUAUUGAGAGCAGUGUUAAGAGCAGAGGUCUGGAUGUCUUGGCCAAAUCUCUGGACACCACACCUGAGACUCUUCAGCUCAUUGUGGAUGGACUCACUCAGCCACCUGGCUUUGACAUUCGUCAGGAUUUUGAGCAGGCAGAUUUCAAGCGGGAAAUUGUGUCCAUGAAUGACCUGCACGAUGGAAUGGUGCUAACAGGCCGUGUAACAAACACUGCUUUAUUUGGAGCCUUUGUGGACAUUGGAGUCGGACGUUCUGGUCUCAUCCCAAAGCGUUUCAUCACUCCGGAUAAACUGCCUGUUGACCAGCGGCGAAGAAGCCUAGCUCUUGGCCCAGGUGAGCGGGUAGAGGUACGGGUCAUGAAUGUGGAUCUUCAUAGGAAUCGGAUAACUCUGGACCUCAUUAGGGUUCUCAGAUAGGAACUAUUAAUUGAAGGUUUACUUUAGUCAAGUCUAGUUAUUCAACUCGGCUUUCAUGUCACAAAUGUGGAAUAGUGUAAAUGUUAACAGAAAAGGACAAUUUUGCUAUACUGUAUUUGACUGUGUGGAAUGUGCUGAAAUAUUUUUAUUUGCACUUUAGCAAGUGUCUUACUAAUCAGUCUGCAAAUAAUAUUAGAUUUAUAUUGUGUUUUUUCAUAUCUGGUGACAUAAAAAGUUGAUACCUUUUUGUUCAUGUUCGAAGAUGCAGUUUUGUUCUGCUUUACCCUUGACCUGCUGUUACUGUAGUUUUCAAAACCUUCAAUAAAAUAGA